GAGAGUACAGAUCUGUACUCUCGUGCUCGUCGCCCGGAGUCGGAUUUCUUCGAGACCUGCCGGAGAGGACGAGAUAAAUCUCGGUGCGAAUGGUGAUCAGUGGAAAUAAUGAUGCAUAGGGUGCAGCUCGGGAGAUUGCAGAGCAGGGCAGGUCAGGAAUGAUGGGGAAGCGAAUGUGAGUUGUGGAGAAGGAGGAGGAGGAGGAGUUAGUGGAGGGCAGGGGGUCGAGGAUGACGAGCUCGCAGGGUCGCUGGGAAAUUAGCGUAGCGCAGGAUGGAAGUGGGCGCUUCCGGACCGUGCAGGAAGCGAUCGACGCAGUGCCUCUGAGCAAUAAUCGGAGAGUAGUGAUCCGAAUCGGCCCGGGAGUGUACAGUCAACCCAUCUACGUGCCUAAGACGAAGAAUUUGAUCACUCUGACGGGAACCGAUCCGAACCGAACCACGUUGAGCUGGCACAACACUGCCACCAGUAUUCAGCACCACCAGGCACCCAGUGUCAUCGGAACUGGAACUUUUGCCUGCGGUUCUGUCAUCGUGGAGGGCGAAGAUUUUAUCGCCGAAAACCUCGCAUUCGAGAACGCCGCACCUCAGGGCUCUGGCCAGGCGGUGGCAAUUAGAGUAACUGCUGAUCGCUGCUCUUUUUACUCCUGUCGCUUUCUUGGAUGGCAGGAUACAGCGUAUCUCCAUUACGGGAAGCAGUACUUCCGAGACUGCUACAUCGAAGGUAGUGUUGACUUUAUUUUUGGCAACGCCACCGUUCUCUUGGAGCACUGUCAUAUACAUUGUAAGUCUCAAGGGUUCAUAACUGCACAGCAACGGAAGAGUGCGGAUGAAUCGACUGGUUAUGUUUUCCUCAGGUGUGUUAUCACUGGAAAUGGCGACAGUAAGUCAUACAUGCACUUGGGCAGGCCAUGGGGGCCACACGCGAGAGUGGUGUUUGCCUACACCCAUAUGGACAGUUGCAUACUUCCUUCAGGAUGGAACAAUUGGAACAAUACCGCCAACGAGAAGACCGCUUCCUAUUCCGAGUACAGAUGUUCAGGCCCUGGCAGUGAUCUCAGAAAGCGUGUCCCUUGGUUCACGAGAUUGUCCGAUGUUGAAGCGUCCCAGUUUCUGACGACUCUUUUCAUAGAUCCACGACGCUCUUGGAUACAUGCCCGAGACCUGCAUUCCACUUCGCCCAGCUUCCCUGUACCUCUAUCAGCGUAGUCGAAGUCUACUGCAGCUCGGUCACAGAGCGCUUGAAGCUGGGAGUACAAGAAGCAGAGCUAGAAACUUGGUGUAGGCUCACUGCAUUCCAUGCAAUGUCAAUACAGGUCACACUUUCAUCAAAUGUCCAGGUAAAUUCGCUCUACGCACGAAGAGAAGAAGAUGGUGCCCCUGCUCGAUCUGGGAUGUCAAUUGCCAGUCACUUUGUUUACUACAGGUCAUUCACAUUUAUUUGCUGAUGUCCUGCAACAAGAAACUCUUUGGAGGUGAUGAAGUCUAUGGUCAAAUCUUGUGAAACAAUUAUGGUCCAAAAUAGCUACCCUUCCACAGGCCAGAUGGGAAAAUAUAGGAGGUAUGAUUGACAAGUUUGAUAUUCAUUUUUGUAAACAUCUUCAGUUCUUCAGAGGGGAAAUCGCAAAAUAUUUGUCGAUAAGUCAUCAAGUCAUGUGAAUAAAGCAUAAGAGCCAAUCAC